UGACGGAAAAGAAAAGAAAAACAAAAGGAUAUGAGACCCAAACCCUCCUAGACUAAACCAUGCCUUAAACCCUCCUCUCCUUUUCUCUCUAUUUUUUUUUUCUCUCUGAAGAAGGCGAUUAAGGGAUACAAAUAUGAACAAUGUUAAAAUCCCCAAGGUGCCAAGGGCAGUUCCCGCUUUGGCUAUGGUGGGACUCGUUGGAGGGGUAGGUCUGUAUGCUGCCUUUAACAGUUUGUACAAUGUUGAGGGAGGCAGUAGAGCCAUUGUGUUCAAUCGUCUUGUUGGCGUCAAAGAAAAGGUUUAUCCUGAAGGAACACAUUUGAUGAUUCCUUGGUUUGAAAGGCCUAUCAUUUACAAUGUUCGUGCACGUCCUCAACUUAUUGAGAGUACUUCCGGGAGUCGCGACCUCCAAAUGGUCAAGAUUUCUCUUCGAGUCCUUACACGCCCAGUGGCAGAUCAGUUGCCUACUAUCUACCGAACGCUUGGUGAGAACUAUAAUGAGAGAGUACUGCCUUCUAUAAUCCAUGAAACUUUGAAAGCCGUGGUUGCACAAUAUAAUGCAAGCCAGCUCAUCACUCAGAGAGAGGCUGUUAGUCGUGAAAUUCGGAAACUAUUGACAGAGAGAGCAGCCACCUUCAACAUUGCACUGGACGAUGUUUCCAUUACGAACCUAACUUUUGGGAAGGAGUUUACAGCUGCAAUUGAGGCAAAGCAAAUCGCGGCACAAGAAGCUGAGAGGGCCAAGUUCGUUGUGGAGAAAGCGGAGCAGGACAAGAGAAGUGCAAUUAUCAGAGCACAGGGUGAGGCCAAGAGUGCCCAUCUGAUUGGUGAAGCUAUUGCCAACAACCAGUCGUUCAUCACUCUACGAAAGAUUGAAGCUGCAAGGGACAUUGCACAUGUAAUAUCAAAAUCUGCUAACAAGGUGCUCUUGAAUUCAGACGAGCUUUUGCUGAACCUUCAGGGGAUGAAUCUGGGAGGCAACUCUACUAGGAAGAAAUGAAAAGUAGAGAGGUUAAUGUUCUAAGCUCUUCUUUUGGUGAUGGAUUUACAAUUUUUAAUUAGCAAGACUGGAAAAUUAUUGCUAGUAUAAAUAGCGCUUUCCUGCUUUAUAGUAUAUUAUGCUAAAGCAUGAGAGCAAAUUAGCCCUUCACAUAUUUGAAGAUGGCAUAUCUAGUCUCAAACUGUUAUGUAGAUGGAAAACUUGAUUUUAUUUUCUUGCCAUUCUUGGAUGAUGAAUUCUCUAUAUACUACUAUGAUGCUGAAUGGAACAGAAUUACAUUUC